GGUCGUAGUGAUUUUUUUAAUAAAAUAACUUUUUUAGACAAUUAAUUUGUAAAGAUUUCGUAUUUAAUAAAUUUUUUUGAGAAAUGAGCUAUAAGGGGAGAUAUUUCCAUUUCAAGUUUUGAAUCGAUUAAUUUUUGAAUCGCGAAUUACGAUGAAAAAUUUGAUACGUGAAUUGCCGUAAAUUUGUACUUUCCUAAAAUUUGUACUCUUCGGACAUUUCCAAUUUUACGGACUUUUUGUACUUUUAGUACAUUUUCAUACGUUUUAUGACCUCUUUGUACUUUAUGAAUUAGUUUAAAUGAUAUCUUCAAACAGAUCACAAGUUCAUCUCAGAUUUUGAAAUGCCUACUUUUUCAAAGGAUCAUAAUCAAUGUCGGCAGGUCGUUUGCACACUUUGUAUGAAAAGUGACAGAGAAAUUUCAGAAUAUUUCAUCAGUGAAAUCAAAAGAUUGAUUUCUGGCAACAUCAACUUUGAUGAUGAGAGGGUUCCACGAGGGAUCUGUGUCACCUGUAGGUUCCUGCUUAGAAAGUUAGCUUCUGGAGAUGAAGAAGUGAGUAUACCUCAACUUUAUGACUUCAAAUCCAUAUUGAUCAAACCAUCAACUCGCCAGACAACUAAAUGUGAUUGCAUCAUUUGUCAAAUUUCAAAAACCAAAGGGAAAGGAAAGCACCCCUUUGAAAAACCAUCUCAGCAAGAAGUGCAAAAAGAAGAAAAAUCUUUUGAAAAACGAUGCACAAAAUGCCUAUCUGUCAUUGCUCGAGGACUGCCUCAUAACUGCAAAGAAGCAACACGUCGUGAAAACUUGAAAGCUCUGGCAUUGGCAGAUCCGUUAGGGGCAGAGCAAAUUGCAUCAUUCAUCGUUUCUUCCAAAGAGGUAUCUUCCGAUGGAACUAUUCUGAUUAGCCGGUUUCAUGGAAAGCCUCUUGAAAUCAGACCAGGAUCAAAUGCAACUCAGGGUCUCUCCUCAGAGCCAUUGACAACACAAGAUAUGAUUAAUAUUCAGCAAAACAUUGGACUUUCUAACAAUGGAAUGAGAAAGCUUGGGUCAGCUUUAAAUCAAAUAAGUCCUGUUUGCAUAGUUGAGGCCAAUUUUCAACAAAAAUUUGCUGCAGCUGGAACUACCCUCAAAAGUUUCUUUACAGUAACCACUUCACAGUUACCAGAAUCAAAUGAAACACGCCAUAUUGUUCACUGCACAAAUUUGGAAACCCUCAAAGAAAAUAUUGUUUCAUCCAGAGGCUUGCAAAACUCAAACUUCUUAAAGCUUGGCAUUGAUGGUGGAGGAUCAUUCUUUAAGGCAAGUUUGAGUCUUAUCAGUGAGCAUAAAGGAGAACCUCACAGUCCUGUUCAGAAGAAAUCAAAAUUGAUCACCAAAGACAACUUCAAAAACACAAGUGUUCAAAAACAACUGAUUGUUGCCAUUUCAGAGAACACACCAGAGACUUACCCAAAUGUUAAGCACAUUCUGGAUCUUCUCCAAAUCAAUGAAAUCUCCAUUUCAGAAAAACUUGUUAUUUCUUGUGACAUGAAGCUUGCAAACAUAGUUUGUGGAAUCCAGUCACACAGCAGUAAGCAUCCUUGCUGUUGGUGCAACAUAGACUCAGCACAUUUGGAAAACUGUGGUCAGCUUAGAACAUUUGGGGGCAUCAGAGACUUGUACAAAAAAUUUGUGAAGUCUGGUUGUGAUGCCAAAAGAUCAAAAGAGUUUGAAAAUGUGGUUCAUUUGCCAAUGUUUGCCUUUCCAGACAGGGAAUUGAUCCUUGAGGCAAUCCCACCCAUGGAACUGCAUUUGCUCCUGGGAGUUGUCAACCACCUCAUCAAGUACUUGGUUCAAGUUUUUCCAAAGACCAAACAAUGGUUGGAUUCAAUCUACAUUCAGAUGCAACCAUUUCAUGGUGGCCACUUCAAUGGAAAAGAUUGCAUGAAAGUGCUGAGGAAAAUUGAAGAGCUUAUGCAAUUGACAAUUGCUGAAAAAGCACCAGAUGCAACAAAGGCAUGCCAAGCAUUGAGCUCAUUUCACCAGGUUGUGGUUUCAUGCUUUGGAUACACUCUGUUGCCAGAUUAUGAGGCAAAAAUUUGUGAUUUCAAAGAUAACUACUUGAAAUUACCAGUCUCAGUCACACCAAAGGCACAUGCUGUUUUUCAUCACGUUCAACAAUUCAUUCAUCAGCACAAGGUUGGUCUAGGUGUAUUCAGUGAGCAAGCAACAGAAGCUCUUCAUUCAAAUUUCAAGACCCACUGGCAAAGAUUCAAGCGAAACUCUACUCAUCCGGAAUAUUCCAGUCAACUCCUCAGUUGUGUAGUUGAUUACAACAGCAAAAAGGUUUAGUUGGAAAGAAAGAAA